CCUUCAAUUACUUUACUUCCGUAUCUGUCCUAAAAAUUUAAAACCAACAAAACCCAACCCCUUUUUCCCAAAUCCAAUUUCUUUCCCUUGUUAAAGUACUAAACUUGAUACCAAAAGACAUUUUCCAUUCUUUGAUGAUAUGGUUUUUUACCCAUUUCCUUAAGAUUUCUCAAGUAAUCCAACAACCCCAUUACAAAGAGACAAAGGAAAAAUGGUAAAUUUUUUCAAAUGGGGCUGUAGUUGUACGCUGUAGGGUCUUCUCAAACCUCAAUCAGUCACUUUAUAGCGAAGCUCUCCACCGACGCUCUAACCACCACUAGCUACUGUUGUUCAAGAUCCACCUCUUCUAAAGUUUAAAACCCACUUCCCAUUUGAGGUUUUUCUGAUUAGAUUCAACUUUUUUUUUUCCCAACACUCCCUUCUUUUCUUCAUCUCUCUCUUUAGGUCUUUUUGAGUUUUGACUUUGGGAGUUCUGCUAUUUGGGGUUUGAUUUCUUCAUUGGAUUUGGUUGUUUUGCUAUCUGACUUGGGUUUGGACUGUUGGGUUGAUUUGGGAUUUGGUCAUGGUGGGUUGAUUUUAGCUCACUGUGGUUUGAAGAAGAAGAAGUAGAAGAAGGACAUUAUGUCGUGGAAGAGUAGAGGAGGAUUUGAGCCAAGUACGAGGGGCUCUGUUUCUCGUAAAUGGACUUUUCUGUUUUGCAUUGGAUGCUUUUGUGCUGGAAUGCUAUUCUCUGAUAGAAUGUGGGCUGUGCCUGAAGUUGAAAAUAUGCCUGGAGGAUCAACAGGUUCUGAAGAAGAUAAGUUAAAGAUGGUAUCAGAGGGUUGUAAUACAUCAAACAAAGAUGGAAGCAACGAGUCCAAAGACAUUCUGGGAGAAGUUUCGAAAACUCAUAAUGCUAUACAGACAUUAGAUAAAACAAUUUCAAGUUUGGAGAUGGAAUUAGCUGCUGCAAGGGCUGCACAGGAUUCUAUUCUUAACGGUUCUCCACUGAUGGAAAAUGUUAAGCUUUCUGAAUCAGUUCGUAAAAGAAAAUAUGUAAUGGUCGUAGGUAUUAAUACGGCAUUUAGUAGUCGGAAGCGGCGGGACUCUGUUCGUGCUACUUGGAUGCCCCAAGGUGAUAAAAGAAAAAAGCUUGAAGAAGAAAAAGGCAUUGUUGUCCGCUUUGUAAUUGGUCACAGUACAACGCCGGGUGGUAUUCUCGAUAGAGCUAUUGAAGCUGAGGACAAAAGGCAUGGUGAUUUUAUGAGGCUGGAUCACGUCGAAGGUUACCUCGAAUUGUCAGCCAAGACGAAAGCUUACUUUGCCACCGCUGUUGCAUUGUGGGAUGCUGAUUUUUAUGUGAAGGUUGACGAUGAUGUGCAUGUGAACAUAGCAACACUUGCAUCAACAUUAGCUAGACAUCGGUCGAAGUCCCGUGUUUACAUGGGAUGCAUGAAAUCUGGUCCUGUCCUCGCACAAAAAGGAGUCAGAUACCACGAACCUGAGUACUGGAAAUUUGGGGAGGAAGGAAACAAGUAUUUCCGUCACGCCACAGGGCAGCUUUAUGCCAUUUCAAAGGAUUUAGCAACUUACAUAUCAAUCAACCAGCAUAUACUUCACAAGUACGCAAAUGAAGACGUCUCGUUAGGUUCCUGGUUUAUCGGAUUGGACGUGGAGCAUAUCGAUGACCGGAGAUUAUGUUGUGGCACCCCACCUGAUUGCGAGUGGAAGGCUCAAGCAGGAAACAUCUGCAUCGCAUCGUUUGACUGGAGUUGCAGUGGGAUAUGCAAAUCGGCGGAGCGAAUGAAGGAGGUUCACCGCCGAUGCGGAGAGGGAGAGAAUGCAUUGUUGAGUGCAGUUUUCUAAUAAGCAACAGUAUAUUUUUAACAAGCUUAGUAGAAAACGUAAACAAAAAUAGGCAUUUUGUUGUGAUUUUUUUUUGAAGUAUAAGAGUAAAUAUAGAUAGUGAUUGUAAAAUACCAUUCUUUCAGCUCAUAGGAUUAGAGGCAUUUCUGAUGCCUUAAUCUAUGUGGCUAAUCAAUCACCAUAAGAAGUGUUUGCUAUUGUUUUCACAUGAACCAUAUUAUAUAGUUCAUAUCUACUUCA